AUGGGUCUGAGUCCCUCACUGCCGGCCUUGGGCCUGGAUGACAAGACAGCCCAGGAGCAGGUCCUGGAAUCCACCAGUGCCCUCAACUGGUGCCCUGUGCUCAGAGCCCGAGAGGGUCCCUGGACAGGGACUAGUGAGCGGGUCUCAGGGCCCUGCCAAGGGCCAGCACCUCCCGUUUGCCUGAGACACGGGCACCCUCGGGUCUCCCAGCAGCCCCCCUGGCUAAUUGGCCCCUUUUACAACGUAAGAUGCCCGGCGCCAGGCGCGCGGACUGGGGCGCCGGAGCCUGAGAGUGCGCGCUGUCCCGAGGCUCGGCUGGGGUGGGCGGCAGGGAACCGGGGGUCGCCGACUGCGGGGCACCCCCCGCGGGGGCAGCAAGGCCACCAGAACGGCAGCCGCGGGGCGCGGGGGUCACACUGCAAGGCUUCGACCCGGAGCGGGGGCUCAGCUGCAGGAUUUGGGGAGCGGCCCCCCGCCCCCGCCCGCCGCUGGGCCGAGUCGCCCCACUCCCGCCCCUCGGGGCUCUGCGGGGGCGCGGGGCGGGACCGGCCGGUGACGCGGCGACAUAAGCAGUGGCGGCGGCGACACCGGCCGCGGACACGUCGAGGGAGCCCGGCGCUGCGCGCAAAGGAAAAGAGAGGCUGGACCCUGAACAGCGCCGGCUACCUUCUCGGACCACAUGCCGUUGACAACCACCGGUCAUUCCAGGAGAGGCAUGGCCUCACAGGCAAGCGUGGGCUGCGGCUGGGCGACAACGAUGAGGCAAAGCCAGGGAGCUACGACAGGCCGCUGCCCGAGAAUGGCGUCGCCCGCACCAUCAUGGAGUUUCUGACUUUCCUGCAGCUGAAAGAGGCUGGGGCCCUGGAGGACCUGCCCUCGGCCCUCUCACUGGAAGAAUCAGAGCAGCAGCCCUGA